UUCUCGCUGGCCUGCUGCUGCUGCACUCACUUUGCGUGGCCCAGCUGGAGCCGUUGUUGGGAUUUGUGGGCACCCGCGGGCGCCUAUCGUGCGGGGCGCUGGCGCUGCACAGUGGGCCAGAAGACCGGUCAUCAUCGUCAUCGGCGCUGUUAGGCCUCAGCAGACCUUUAGCGUUCGAGAUGGAGAAAGUAACCAGCUGCACGGUGUGCUUGGAACGGUUCAGCGGGUUACUCCGCAUCCCUAAGGUCCUGUCCUGUGGCCACUCUCUGUGCUAUGGAUGUGCCCAAAGCCUGAACGGGUUUCGCCGCCGCUCCAGGUCCAAAAUACCGUGUCCACUGUGCCGAAAGGUAACUGAAUUGUACCCUAGCGAUCUUCCCGUCAACUACGCUAUCUUGUCGCUGUUAGAAGAAGUCCAACUGUCUGAACCAAAAUGGUGUUCAGACUGCAAGAAAGUGGCCGAUUCGACUUGCGAAACGCAUCAUUUUACUUGUCUGUGGCGAAGGGAGCAAGAAAGACAGUUUGAAGACGUGAAGCAGUAUUUGGAGACUGCUGCCGCGUCGCAACACAGUCUGGAAAGAAUGUUGUCUGAGUCAUUCGGAAAAUUAAGUGACGUCAUCAGUUUCCUGAUGGAUGAGGUAGAAGCUUCUCGGAAGGACACGGGAGACGCUCUGUCGUUGAUGGACAGCGUCCUGGGGGUGGCUGGUCCGAGAUGGGACCGCGCUCGGGCUUCCAUCGAGCAGGCUCGGCUGAGAUCCGAACUCAGAGAAGCCUUCGAUCAGCAGACCAUGUCCUUAAUGCAUUCGGCCCGCAAAUGCGAAGUGACUGUGUACGCGGAGCAUGGUCGGUCCUGGCGGGGCGCCUUCGACUUGGAGCAGUGUUCCAGUUCGGGAGCCAGCGCCGUGGUCCUGGCCGUGAUCGCCGCCAUGCAGCGCGCCCGGCUGCUCAACCUCGCAGAGGAGGUAGCUGAGCUUCCGAACGAAGGAUCUAUGGCAGUGUCUCGCGAUGUGCCGGAUGUGGGGCCAGACGCGGAGGAGGUAUUGCAGAAUGCAGCAGGGCCUGGAGAUGGCGAGCUAGUGCCUUUCCCUAAAGGUCAAGAAAUUGACUUCGAGAACAUACGCCCUGGGGUCCUCUUCAUGUUUGUGCGUCACCAACCUGAGUCCCCUGUUACUUCGAUUUCCAGUCUGUCUUGCAAGGAGUUUCUGCCGGAUGUUGUGGAGAUUCUUCGCUGUCACGGUCCUACACUGGAGGGGCUUAGCCUGCAUGACGUGGUGGAGGAUGUCCUCGUGCCGGUGCUCACUAUGCCUCGACUGAAGAGACUCGAGUUAAAGGGCUGGUUGGGACAGAAAGAAGACCUCUUUUCCCACCGCCUGUUAAGCACGCUUCAACUGGAAUGCUUGGAAGUGUCUGGUGACGGCUGCGAACCACCAGUCGUGGAGGCUAUUCUACGGAUCAUCGGGGGUGCUCAGGAACUAGCCUUGCAGUGGCCAGUAGACAGCACGCGUUCCCUCGCCGAUGUCAUCAAGGAGCUGUCGGCGGACGCCGCUUGGCCCGUAUCCAUCAAGCUACUUCGGAAGGGGAGUUGCGAGCGGCGGGUCUGCAAUCAACAGAGUGCCACCUACAAAGCGGCCUUGCCGGAUUCAGCCGUGCAUUGCGCAAGGAAAUGCGCUUACAUUUCGCUACCAGAUGACACGGAUACGGACUGAAUCUGCUUUGAUUCACUCAGGACUUACUUGUCUACUUUAUAUUAUUUUCUCGUUUGCCAAUCAGAUUUGUUUAAGAAUUUGGCCGAAACGCAGUACAAUUAUAAGCUUUGACCUAUUUUGUGUAUUUA